AAAAAAAGUAGGCAAAGAGAGAAACUUUUGACUUGUCUCGCAAUAGAAAAGUCUUUCUUACUAUUUUGUUCACUGUCGAUUUCUCAUUAGCCAAACAACAACCAAGAGUUCCACACUCGAGUCCAAGAAAAGACAACUCCAAUGGUCCAACAAGUUUGUCUAUCUUGAAAACUCAUCAACAAUAAAAAAAGAUUUAUUUGGCCAUUUCUUGAAAUUUUUAGCUUUGUUUUUAUUUUAUCUCAAGAAAAGUGAAUCGCUUGUGUUGUGUGUGACUGUCUCUCUACGUAGACAUGGAAGAGAAAGAAGCAAGAAAAGGAGCCAUGGCUGCAUCAGAAUCUGGCGGGAAGAUAACUUAUUUUGUGGUGGCUUCAUGUGUCAUGGCCGCCAUGGGGGGUGUCAUCUUCGGCUACGACAUCGGAGUUUCAGGUGGAGUGAUGUCAAUGGGGCCGUUUCUUGAAAGAUUUUUUCCAAAAGUUUAUAAACUCCAAGAAGAAGAUAGAAUAAAAAGAAGCCAUAACAACAAGGACCACUAUUGCCUUUUCAAUAGCCAACUUCUUACGUCCUUCACGUCUUCCCUCUACGUUUCCGGUUUCAUCGCUACGCUGUUAGCUUCGUCAGUGACUCGUUCUUGGGGUCGCAAGCCCUCUAUAUUAAUAGGCGGCGUGUCUUUUCUUGCUGGCUCUGCUCUUGGCGGCGCUGCUCAAAACGUUGCCAUGCUUCUCAUUGCACGUCUCUUGUUAGGUGUAGGAGUUGGAUUCGCAAACCAGUCAGUUCCUCUAUAUCUGUCCGAGAUGGCGCCAGCUAAAUACAGAGGAGCAAUCAGCAACGGCUUCCAGCUCUGCAUCGGAAUAGGGUUUCUAACAGCAAACUUCACCAACUACGAAACUCAAAAGAUCAAACAAGGCUACGGUUGGAGAAUCUCUCUAGCCACAGCCGCCAUACCAGCUUCAAUCCUCACGUUAGGCUCACUCUUCCUCCCCGAAACACCCAACAGCAUCAUCCAAACCACCGGAGACAUUCACAAGGCCGAGCUCAUGCUCCGCCGUAUCCGUGGAACAAACAACGUACAAGACGAGCUCACCGAUCUCAUCGAAGCCAUUACUUCUGAGUCAAACUCAAAACAUGGGUUCUUGAACUUGCUUCAGAGAAGGUAUAGGCCUGAGUUAGUGAUGGCCUUUGCUAUACCGUUUUUUCAGCAGGUCACGGGCAUCAACGUAGUCGCUUUCUACGCGCCGGUUCUGUUUCGGACCGUAGGGUUUGGAGAGAGCGGUUCCUUGAUGUCCACGCUAGUGAGCGGGAUCGUGGGGACGGUCUCCACGUUCUUGUCGAUGCUUGUGGUGGAUAGAAUCGGGAGAAAGACUCUGUUUCUGAUAGGAGGGUUACAGAUGCUUGUGUCGCAAGUUAUCAUCGGUGUGAUUGUUAUUGUGGGGCAUGAGGAGGUUCACGGUUACGCGGUUGUGGGUUUGGUGUGUGUGUACGUGGCGGGGUUUGGGUGGUCGUGGGGUCCACUAGGGUGGCUUGUGCCGAGCGAGGUGUUUCCGUUGGAGAUUAGGUCAGCGGCGCAGAGUGUGACUGUGGCUGUGAGUUUUGUGUUUACUUUUGCUGUGGCGCAGAGCGUGCCGCCGAUGUUGUGUAGGUUAGGAGGAGGGGUUUUCUUGUUUUAUGGAGGGUGGUUGGUGGUGAUGACGGCGGCGGUGAUGCUGUUUUUGCCGGAGACUAAGAAUGUUCCGAUUGAGAAGGUGGCUGGACUUUGGGAGAAGCAUUGGUUUUGGAGGAGAGUGGUUAGGAAGCGUGAUUCCCAAGGAAUCACUUCUGUUAGUAUUUAAUUUUCUAAACAUAUAAAUCUCAAAUGAUAUGGUGAAACCAUUAAAGAUGAAAAUAAGGGUAUGGAAAUUGAAUUUUGAAGUGAAAUAUUUACAUUUGAAUGAAAAAUUCACUAUUUAUUCAA